UCCCACCCCACUCCCUCCGCGGGCCUCAGGCACGGCCGCUGGCCGGGGGCGGUGCGCGCUCCGCGGCAUGGCGGGCGCUGCGGCCCGGAGCCCGCUGCCCUGCCUGCUGCUCCGGCUGCUGCUGCUGCUGCUGCCGGCCGCCAGCGCCGAGCCCGAGCUGCGCUUCAAGCCGCCUGCCGAGGCCCCCGUUCGGCUCUUCACCGAGCCCGAGCUGGCCAGAUACGAUGGGCACCAGGAAGGACAGCCCAUCUACCUGGCAGUGAAGGGCGUAGUGUUUGAUGUCACCUCUGGAAAAGAAUUUUAUGGAAAAGGAGCCCCAUACAAUGCUUUGGUUGGAAAAGACUCUACAAGAGGAGUUGCAAAGAUGUCUCUGGAUCCAGCAGAUCUUACACAUGACACAACAGGACUCACAGAGGAGGAACUGAAGUCCCUGGAUGACAUCUUCAAUAAUGUUUACAAAGCCAAAUAUCCAAUUGUUGGCUAUACUUCUCGGCGAAUUCUGAAUGAGGAUGGCAGCCCCAAUCUGGACUUUAAGCCUGAAGAUCAGCCACAUUUCAGCAUUAAAGAUGAGUUUUGAGGAACAUUUUGUAUUUAGAGAAUGCUUGGGGAGAGACACAACAGAAUAUUAAAUUAAUUCCCUGUUUUGUGGAGUUCAUUACUACA